AUGGCGCUCGUGUUCGCUGGGCUGUACAACCUGUGCGGCAGCUCCGCAAUGACCGCGAACGCGACACAGAUCUUCCUGUGGAGCGGCAGCUCCCUGGACUCGGACGUGUCCACCAUCAUCCUGAGCAGCAUCCAGCUGGCGUCCUCGCUGGCGGGCUCGCUGGUGGUGGACCGCCUAGGCAGGCGGCCUGUGCUGCUUACGUCAUACCUCGCAGCCACCAUCUCCGUCGCCGUCGAGGGCGUCUACUUCUACCUCAGGGAGCACGCCGACCAGGACGUCAUAGAGCCUCUCGGAUGGUUGCCACUCACCGCCCUCGUGUGCUUCUUCGUGACCUACAACAUGGGCGCCCACGCGCUCACGUGGACAGUGGUGAACGAGAUCGUGCCGACCUCGAUCCGAGGUCUAGCCAACUCAGCAGUGGCGGUGUUGACGGCGGUUGUCACUUUCGCCAUCAUGAAGCUCUUCCAGAUCGUCUCGUCGGCUCUCGGCACCUACGUCCCUUUCUGGUUCUUCGGAGCAUGCGCCUUUGCAGAAUUCAUAUUCACGUUCUUCUUGAUUCCAGAAACGAAGGGCCGAACGCUCGAGGACAUAAGUGCCGAGAUGAGGGGGAAGACAGCCGGAGGGACAGAGACGGAUGGGAGGACAUCAGUUCUAGGAGGAAAUCCUUGA